AUGGCGCUGCUGAAAAUACUCGUUGCAGGGUGGCUUCUGCCUUCGCGAGGGGAUGGGCCGUUGGAGACAUCGUCUUCGACUUCGACGACCCCCGACCCUGCUAGCAUCUCAGAUGCGAGCGUUUGCAACCCUUACCGGGGGUAUAGCUACAUCUCCAUCGGGGCUGCCGGGGGCAUCGGCUCCAGCCAAUGCACUGCCAGCUGGGAUCUCUAUGAAGUCGAGGUGCGGACCUCCAACGGCCAGGUUUCCGCUCUCACGGCUUGGUCGCCCACUGGAUCUGACAGCGGCCACCCCCCCUCCGAAGCUGUAGACGGUGAUCUCAACUCUUUCUGGGCGGGCGACCACGACCUCGGCAUGAGUUGCAGCUGCUGGGACGACUCGAAAAAGGAUGGCCAGCUUGUCAGCAUCAACCUCGGCGGAGCCCAGAAUAUUACCUCAGUUACAAUUCAUCAGGGAGGCAGCGGCGACCAGUGGGCUGUGAAGCGCAUGCGCUUGCACUGUCAUGACCAAGUGGGGUACUCCUCGGCCACAGUCCCCCCGCUCGAGCUCGACGUGUCCAUGGUGGGCGGCUGUUGA